AUGCCCGAGUCCGAGGGAAUCCAAGUAGGAAUCCAAGUAGGAACCCUAGGCGACCCAACUCUCCUCCAGAAAAUCGACAAGUUGCGGAGUUUGAAUGUCUCGCCCGCAGUACCAUUGACCCAGCUUGUUGUGGUUGGCGACCGAGCCGCUGGCAAGUCCAGUAUUCUCGAGAGUUUAACCGGCUUCCCCUUUUCACGAGCCGCUAAAGAUGGCACUGACUACAUUAUUGAGAUUAUCUAUCGGAGAAGUAACACGGAGAAAAUUCUAGCAUCUAUCCAACCUGCUCCCAGGUCUUGUGAGCACAGAGCAGCCAAGCUACGUGCUUUUAAAGUGGAACUUUUGCCCAAAGACCGAAAUAGAAAAAGAUUGCAAGACCUAUUCGAACAGGUUUCUACCAUUCGUUGGGAUAACGAUCUACUUCAUUUGCCUCAUCAUGGACCGGAAUACUGCAAGGAUGUCUUGCAAGUUGAGAUAACCGGCCCCAGAGAAGAACAUCUGACAAUCAUUGAUCUUCCUGGGUUGCCUGAUAUUCGAACUCAACACAAUCCGGAUGAUAUAUUAGCUAGCUCACCAGUUGAGUCAAUGGUUGUAGAUUUUAUCCGAAUGUCUCGAACAGUCAUCCUUGCAGUUGUCCCCUGCACAACCAAUAUCAAAGAGCAGCGCAUUUUAAAGAGUGUGAAAGAGGCCGAUACUAGUGGGAAACGUAGUAUUGCGAUAUUUACAAAACCGGAUCUUAUCGCAGAGCAUGCAUCCAAGAAGGAGAUUGUCGAUGUGGUCAACCAGGGAGAUCCCCCCCUAGAAUACUUCAUCGUCCGAACCCGAAAAGAAGACGAUUCUACUUCUGAUCUCGCCCAGCACAAUUACGUCGAGCGCGUAUUCUUCAAUAAGUCCCCAUGGGAUCAAUUGGACAAAGCCCGAGUUGGUAUCGGCUCGAUUCGAUCUCAGCUUCAAAUACUACUUGUAAGGCACACAAAACAGUACCUCUUUGAAGUCAAUACCGAAGUGUCGGCUGCACUCGAGAUGAAGAAAGAAUGUAUGAAGUUCAUGGGUGAGCCUCGUGUCGACAUUGACAAGCAACGGACAUACCUUGUCCGUACCGCUAUCUAUUUUUCACACAUUGUAAGGCUUGCCUUAGAUAUGAAAAAUACUGAACGCCCGGUCUGGUCUCGAAACCCCCAAUUACGCCUUGCCGCUCACUUGCAAGAAACCGGUAAAGCAUUUACCGAGACGCUGUUUAUGAAGGGACAUCAUUAUAAGUUUGAAAGCGACGAAGAUACAAAUGAUUUCCUACCGUCAUUUACGUCCCGAGAUAAUCUUUACAGACUAUCCUUUCUUAUCCCCGAUGAACGUGAAUAUCCUGAAUUACAGGGAAUACUUUCUGACCCUGUUUGCUGUCUGGGCCCUUCUAAGGGAAAUCUAAUUGACCGCAUUCGACAAAUAUACUCGCUUUAUCCCAGAGGCGAACUCGGCGUUUUUGGAAAUUCCAUACUCCCUAUCGUGUUCAGAGAACAGUCAGAGAAAUGGACUCAGCUUACUCUAGCUCACCUCUCAAAUGACAUUUUGAUCAUCCACCAGUUUAUUGACACAGCUAUGAAGUUAGCCUUACCGGAUGGCACAGUACGAGUUACGUUACAAGAAUUUCUCUCAGAUAAUCUUCUUGACUGCUAUCGUCGUGCCAUCAAUCAUGCACAAUUCCUCCUACACGUCGAGUGUAGGGGUAAAGUGGCCACCAGUAAUCCCAAUUUCGAAGACCUCCUGGCCAACAACCGAGCAGAGCGCCAGAGGCGUAUGGUACUAAAAGAGAACAAGAACGUUUCUGAGCCCUCUAUAAGAAGAAAUCGUGUUACAACGAAGACGAAUGCUGAGACAGAUGUCACUGAAGCAUUACUGCCUUCCAUAGAGCAGAUUUACGGGGACGUACACGAUAUGAUAAAGACGUAUUACGGGAUAGCUUGCGCACGUUUUCUGGAUGGGAUUCAUCAGCAAGCCAUCACUCAUCUUUUGCUGGACGGCGAGCAGAGCGUUUUCCAAGUGUUCACCCCCGAACGAGUGUUAUCCAUGACCAGCGAAGAGGUGGAAGGCAUCGCAAAAGAAAGUCCCACCAGCACCCAAGCUAGGGAUGAACUGGAACGGGAGAUUGAAAGCCUGGAGAAGGCUAUCGAAGUGCUUCACGCCUAGAGGGAGAGAGAUGAUGGUUCGGAGGAAUAGGUAGUCGUUAGAAAGGGGGGCAUUAGGC